AUGUGGGCCGCGGCGCCGCUCCUCCUCCUGCUGCUGCUGGUGGCGCGGCUGUGGCGGCGCGGGCCGGCGCCCCUGGAGCCGGCCGGGCGGGCCGUGCUCAUCACCGGCUGCGACAGCGGCUUCGGGCACCUGCUGGCGCUCCGCCUCCACCGCCUCGGCUUCACCGUCUUCGCCGGCUGCCUCUGCCCCGCCGGCGAGGGGGCGCGGCGGCUGCAGCGGGAGGCCGCCGCCGGCGCCGGCCGCCUGCGCGUCCUGCGGCUCGAUGUCACCCGCGCCCGCGACGUGCUGGCCGCCAAGGAGCUGGUGCUCAGCCACCUGCCCGAGCGAGGUUUCUGGGGGCUUGUCAACAAUGCAGGAAUAUCAACAUUUGGCGAGACAGGGUGGCUGUCUAUGGAGAAAUAUGAAAAAUUUGCAGAUGUGAAUCUCCUUGGGAGCAUCAGGACAACCCUGGCAUUUCUUCCCCUUCUAAGGAAAUACAAGGGACGUAUUGUUUUCAUGUCCAGCAUUAUUGCCUAUUUUGCUCUGGGAAAUGGCAUUUAUUCUAUGACCAAAGCAGCUAUUGAAAAAUUUUGUGAUGCUUUAAGACUGGAAAUGAAGAAGUUCGGAGUCCGGGUCUGUAUUAUUCAGCCAGGAAAUUAUGCACGCUGUACAAAAAUUCAGCCACCGCUCAGUGCUGAAGAGAUUUGGAAUGAACUCAGUGAAGAGGAAAAGGCAGUUUACAAUAAGGAGUAUGUUCAAGAGCGGGCAAACUUUUUCAACGGCAUACUCAGCGAAGGAAGCACUAACGGCAAUGAAGUUGUAGAUGCUAUGAUAGAUGCUUUAAUGUCUCCUGCACCCAAGGCACGUUACAUGGUAGCAAAGCUGAAGGAAAAAGCACUGGUGUUUGUGUGUGCUUUAUUUCCGACCGUUGUGAUGGAUUCCGUUUUGUCUUAUGCUCUGAGUAAAGUAAAACUUGCAUAG